UUUCUCUGCGCCACCCCUCCCCCAACCCUCCAAAAGGCUGUGCCAGUCUCUGGAGUUUCACGCGCCCCUCUCUGGUUCAGCAACUACCCCUUUCUGCGCCUUCUAUCCUAGGUCUACCGACUGACUGGGAGAGGCUGCUGACGAAGCCCUUGGGCGCAGCCUGUGUGACUCAGGACACAGGACUGGGCAGGGCAGGGUGGCUUUGCUCUCUCCCAGACCCAUGUCCCCAGCUCCUGGAAAAACGUGGGGGCUAGGUUAUGUGUAGAAGAGGAGUAGGGCCGAAGUCUUUGGAGCUCAGGUGGAGAGAGCGUGUGCUAUCCUGAAGCCCAGCACUCUCAGCUCAGAGACCCUGCCGAUGGCCCAGAAGCCUCCUCUGACUGGAUAGGUGGAGGUCCUGGGCAGGGAAGAUUUUAACUACCUGUUCUUGCUCUCUGAGCUCUUGCUGUGGUAGAGUGUGUUUACUCGGAUUUGAGUCUCUGCUAAUGUCAGGAGGCGCAAGGUGCCAAUCCUCCUCAACAGGGACCAAGGUGCCAGGUCCAACCCCAUAGCUAGAUGAAGCUGGGGUGCCGGGCCUGGCUGUGCCUGGGGAUCCAGUCUGUGUUUGCUCUGUGAGGUCUGGAGGAGCUGUGCCAGCCCUACACACACAGCCUGCUCUGUUCUGGGGCCAGGGAGAGGGAAUGGGUGGGGGGCAGGUCUCCUGGGAGCCUGGGCAGAGAGGCUGGAGUAGGCAUGAGCCCCAGGCCCUGGAUGGUUCUCUAGGACAGCUCCAAAGGCCCAAUGACUUAUGGCUACUGUUCUUUCUUUCCCCAUCUUACUGGCAAGCCAUUCUGGACAAGUGGGGUUGACUCAAGAGGAAAUAAGUUCUUCUUACUGGCUGUGCAUGAAGCCCCGCCCUAGGCUUUCUGAGGGAAGGAUGGAAUUGUUUGUUAUCUCAGGACCCUUUGAGACUUCCCUGGCUGUUGUGUGGUGGUGGUAGAGGGCAAGCAGAGUCGUCGUGGCAGCUUGGAGACUUGGACACGGGUCCUUGAAGUGAUCUGGAGACCCCAGCACCACAUCUGCCACCAUUCUGUGCUGCAGGGACGCCAUGGCUCCAGAAGAGGAUGCUGGAGUGGAGGCCUUAGGGGGCAGUUUCUGGGAGGCUGGCAACUACAGACGGACGGUGCAGCGGGUUGAGGAUGGGCACAGGCUGUGUGGGGACCUGGUUAACUGCUUUCAAGAACGUGCCCGCAUCGAGAAGGCCUAUGCCCAGCAGCUGGCUGACUGGGCCCGCAAGUGGAGGGGUGCUGUCGAGAAGGGCCCACAAUAUGGCACUCUGGAGAAGGCCUGGCAUGCCUUCUUUACUGCGGCUGAGCGGCUGAGUGAGCUACACUUGGAGGUGAGGGAGAAGUUGCAUGGUCCAGACAGCGAGCGUGUGCGGACCUGGCAGCGAGGGGCUUUCCACCGGCCAGUGCUGGGUGGCUUUCGGGAAAGCCGGGCUGCCGAGGAUGGUUUCCGUAAAGCCCAGAAGCCCUGGCUAAAGAGGCUAAAGGAGGUUGAAGCUUCCAAGAAGAGCUACUACACAGCACGCAAGGAUGAGAAGACAGCCCAGACCCGAGAGAGCCAUGCGAAGGCAGACAGCUCCAUGUCCCAGGAACAGCUUCGAAAAUUGCAGGAACGAGUUGGACGCUGCACCAAGGAGGCAGAGAAGAUGAAAACCCAAUAUGAGCAGACACUGGCGGAACUAAAUCGCUAUACCCCGCGCUACAUGGAGGACAUGGAGCAGGCCUUUGAGAGCUGCCAGGCUGCUGAACGCCAGCGGCUUCUCUUCUUCAAGGAUGUGUUGUUCACCUUGCAUCAGCACCUUGACCUCUCGAGCAGUGACAAGUUCCACGAGCUUCAUCGAGACCUGCAGCAAGGCAUUGAGGCUGCUAGUGAUGAAGAGGAUCUCCGCUGGUGGCGUAGCACACAUGGGCCUGGCAUGGCCAUGAACUGGCCACAGUUUGAGGAGUGGUCCUUAGACACACAGAGAGCAAUCAGCCGGAAGGAGAAGGGUGGCCGGAACCCUGAUGAGGUUACCCUGACCAGCAUUGUACCUACAAGAGAUGGCACUGUACCCCCACCCCAGUCCCCAGCAUGCCCAGCAUCUCCAGGCAGUAGGCAGGAUGAGGACUGGUCAGAUGAAGAGAGUCUCCGGAAGGCUGCCACUGGGGUGAGGGUGCGGGCGCUUUAUGACUAUGCCGGGCAGGAAGCUGAUGAGCUGAGCUUCCGAGCAGGGGAAGAGCUGCUGAAGAUGAGUGAGGAAGAUGAACAGGGCUGGUGCCAGGGCCAGUUGCAGAGUGGCCGCAUUGGUCUGUACCCUGCCAAUUAUGUAGAGUGUGUGGGUGCCUGAGUGCCCUGAUAGUCCUUUUGCAGUUUCUCUCCGACCAGAACCAAGGCUCAACCCUUCCAGGAUCGCUGGACCUGAGGACCCUGAACCAUGUGCUGCUGCUGUUCUGUUUCCAGAGGGAGGAUGCCUGAGAGCCCAUGAAGGGGAGGGGUCUGUGUCUAGAAAGAGGCCAAAAGAGUUUAGAUUGGAGGCAGGAAGGGAGGUUGGAGUGACAGAUGCCUGAGCCUCCCUGGAAGCAUUUGGGUCACCCCAGGAGUAGGGGAUCCAGUUCUUAAACUGGGAGUUCCUGAGGAUGAGGUUGGGGAGAAUGUAGUUUGGGGCUAGCAACAUCCUAUUUUGUGACUUGUAGUGUGUAUUAAACUUGAUCAAGAAUAAAAGUACCAUCUAGUGUUGUGAG